CUCACUGGGGAAGAAAGAGUGCUUUUAUUGCAGAAACUGUUGCUUUAAAAGAUGUAUGAUGCUAUACUUGCAAGGAGUUUCAGUCGAUAUGAGCAGAAGAAGUUGGGAUAUGGAGCAUUGUUGGGUUCUCUAUUCAUUGCAUUCAGUUUCUGCCUCUUCUUUAAGCCUAAUUUCGCUUCUUUACCAGCUUUCAAUUUCCGGCUAUCAGCAGGAGUCAAUCUCAAAAUGCUUAGCAGCUCACAGAGAGCUAAGGAUACUGUUUGCAAUACCAUGGAGACGAGAACAGAUGUGUGUGAAAUCAACGGAGACAUACGGAUUGAUUCACGUUCUGCUACUGUUUUCGUUGUGUCUCCCGGGCAAGAAGCUAAAAAUAGCUCCUGGACCAUAAGGCCUUAUCCAAGGAAGGAAGACCCAAAGGCAUUUAAGAGUGUUAGAGAAUGGACAGUAAAAUCCGUGGCCACAACUGACGAGGUCUCAGAUAUUCCUCAAUGCAAUCAAUCUCAUAGUGCUCCUGCCAUCCUUUUCUCUGCCGGAGGGUACUCUGGUAACAACUUUCAUGACUUCACGGACAUUGUCAUUCCAUUGUACUUAACGGCCAGACAGUUUGAUGGAGAAGUAAAGCUUCUUAUAACCGACGCCGGACAUUCAUGGUGGAUUGUGAAAUUCCAGAAAUUUCUAAAGAAUCUGUCUAGGUACGAGUUUAUCAACAUUGAUAAAGACAAUUCCGUCCAUUGCUUCCGAAGUGUGAUUGUGGGGCUUAAACGUCACCCUAGAGAGCUGAUGAUUGAUCCUUCCAGAUCACCAUACUCCAUGAAAGACUUCAGGAUGUUUCUAAGAAGUUCAUACUCUUUACCAAAAGCUGUAGCAAUCAAGAUGGGGCAGGACGACGAAAAACAGAGACCUCUGCUAGUCAUCAUUUCAAGAAAGAGGACAAGGUCUUUCAUAAACACAGAUGAGAUAGUCAGGACAGCUGAGGAAGUUGGAUUCGAGGUAAUGGUGACGGAGCCAGACACCAGCAUGUCUCAGUUUGCAGAGAUUGUGAAUUCUUGUGACGUGUUGAUGGGAGUCCAUGGGGCUGGCCUGACCAACAUGCUGUUUCUGCCAGAGAAUGCGGUGUUGAUUCAGGUGGUGCCGAUCGGAGCAGCAUGGGUGUCCAAAACUUGCUUUGAAGAUCCUUCGAAGGACAUGAAUAUAAGGUACUUGGAGUACAAGAUUGAAGCAGAAGAGAGCAGUUUGAUUCAGCAAUUUCCAGCAGGGCAUGAGGUUUUUAGCAACCCUUCAUCCAUUGGGAAACAGGGGUGGGAUCUAUUCAGGUCUGUUUAUUUGGACAAACAAAAUGUUAAAGUUGAUGUGAACAGGUUUAGACCCACUUUAUUGAAAGCUCUUGAGCUUUUGCACUAGUAGCUACACUUUCAUAUCAUGUAGGGACUUUGUUAGCUUUACUCCCUUCCAUUUUGCAAGAAAUUGGUCAAAUUUUUUUUCAUAAAUCAUGUAUUCAAUUGUGUUAACAGCUCUGUAUACCACCUUAUGGAUGAAUAUAAGGUUACUUGUUAU